CUCUAACUGAAAUCACACGUUAACUGGAAUUCGAUCGACGAAGAAGCAAAACGUCACAUUUUUUUACUGCUUUUCAGCGAAAUGAAGAUCCUCAUCGCUUUCGGGUUUUUUUUGGUCGCUGGAAUUCUGAAUUCGGGAGUCGCUCAAGCGGAAGAACCGAAGAAGCCUCCCGCAAAACAGACCUACGUAGAGCUUCUUGGGAAGGUGAAGGUCAACCCUCUCAGUGAAGACGAUAGUGACGAGUAUGAUGAAGAACUUGUAAAGGCAAAGUGCAACAAGAAUGGUGGACCCACCGCGUACGAUACUGCCGUUCAAGGCUUGGCAAACUUGCAGAAUACAAUUGAGUCCGUAAUAAAUUCAACGGACAACAGCAUUGAAUCAGACGUUUCUGGUGAUUCGAGCUCUGAGGAGGAAGAUGAAUUUAAAUCGAUUUGCGGCUCCAUCCUGGUUUUGAAAGGUUGGACGACCCUAGGCGUAGAUGCGAUCAAACCUUGUUUGGACUUAGAGGAACGCCAAGUUGUCGAAAUUCUACUAAACGUUUCGUUUCCAUUAAUCGAAUUUGUUUGCGAGAACGAUGGAAGUCAACUCUUAGGAUUUUUCGAAACUGGUGGAAUCGAAUGUCUCGAAGAAAAAACUGAGGGUAUUCGAGCCUGUUUGCACAUCAAUUCAACUUUCGCUGAAUCCGUUGAAUCCACUGAGUCCAGUGAGGCCACUACUGGUAGCCCCAGUGCCGUAAUUCCAAAACCAUUCGAUCUUCCAGAAUUCGCCAUAGAUCAAGAAGAUUGCAGUGACCUCGAAACUAUGCAAAAUUGUGUCAUCGGACAGUUGAACGGGUGCCCGCAAAGGACUCCUUCGAACUUCAUAAAUUCUAUCUUUAACAUUAUCAAGAAAGAAUCAGGCUGCGCAGCGGUACUCAAAGCACACGAAGCACUGGCUAAGAACGCUCUGUAAAUGUAAGACCACAUGACCCAAUGAAACAAACAAAAUGAUAUACCGGCAACAGUUCAUAUUAUUCUUUUCAAUAUUGCUAAUUUAUCGUCAGUCCUACCUGAAAUAAUGAUGGGGGAAAUACUUACUGAUUCAUGUACACUGUUCAGUCUAAAACACAGUCUGAUGUCAGAUUAUGUAACGCUGUCAAAUAAAACUGCAUAAAUAGUACACGUCAAAUGUACGCGAAUAUGUAAUAAAUCUAUUCUGUAAACUAA